GCGUGGUUGGCAGACUGAUCUUUACUGACAGCGCUUGUUUUGUUUUGCUAAUCCACGGCUCGUAGCUUGUUGUGGUACCAGCAAUUUAGUUUUAAUUGUAACGUAAGUAAUUAACCGGAUGAAACAAACAUUUCAGUGUUACAAUACUGUCCGUUAAUAAUCUCUCGCCAGGUGCUAAAUGUUUUUUUUGCAGCAUUGAAGUGGCACGAAGAAGCUCCGUAGCCAGCUAGCUAUUAGGCUAGUUAUCAUUCUUAGCUUCGCGAUGAGCUAACUGUUAGCCGGUAGUCCACAAUCCUCGAAAGUAAAUCGAGCGGAUUUUGGAUUAAUUCAGAUAGGAAAUACCAGGAACGGGCAAUUAAAUAAGCAGGGGAUCAGAAACCCUCCAGUAAGUUCCUACGUUGGAGGAUCGCACUAACGAUGGCGUCACCGGUGUACGCCUCUGCAGAUGGGUUGCCCUGAGGACUGUGAUUCAGCUGGAUGAGUUAGCAACAAUGUCCUGCAGAUCAACCAAAGUCGCCCCGAGUGUUGAUUUUGACCACAGUUGCUCCGACAGCGUGGAAUAUUUGACACUGAACUUUGGUCCCUUUGAGACUGUUCACCGCUGGAGAAGACUCCCUCCGUGUGAUGAGUUUGUUGGUGCAAGGCGCAGUAAGCACACCGUUGUUGCAUACAGAGAUGCCAUUUACGUGUUUGGGGGAGACAAUGGGAAAAACAUGUUGAAUGACCUGCUACGUUUCGAUGUAAAGGACUGCUCAUGGUGUCGAGCUUUCACCACUGGAACUCCACCUGCUCCCAGAUAUCACCAUUCAGCUGUCGUCUAUGGCAGCAGCAUGUUUGUUUUUGGUGGGUAUACUGGAGACAUCUACUCAAACUCAAACCUGAAAAACAAAAAUGAUCUUUUUGAGUACAAGUUUGCAACGGGGCAGUGGACUGAAUGGAAAGUGGAGGGGAGCUUGCCAGUAGCGAGGUCUGCACAUGGGGCCACAGUCUAUAGUGAUAAACUGUGGAUAUUUGCAGGCUAUGAUGGGAAUGCCAGGUUGAACGACAUGUGGACCAUCAAUCUGCAGGAUCGAGAACACGCAUGUUGGGAGGAGAUCGACCAGAGUGGUGAGAUUCCUCCAUCUUGCUGUAACUUCCCUGUAGCUGUAUGCAGGGACAAGAUGUUUGUGUUUUCUGGUCAGAGUGGAGCAAAGAUCACCAACAACCUCUUCCAGUUUGAGUUUAAGGGCCACAUGUGGACACGUAUCCCAACCGAACACUUACUGCGAGGCUCCCCUCCCCCUCCUCAGAGACGCUACGGCCACACUAUGGUUGCCUUUGACCGACAUCUGUAUGUAGUUGGCGGUGCUGCUGACAACACUUUGCCCAACGAGCUGCACUGCUACGAUGUGGAUUCUCAGUCCUGGGAGGUGAUCCACCCCAGCGUAGACAGCGAGGUAGAAACAAAGUGUUUACAAGCUACUAUGCCCAGUGGUAGACUCUUUCAUGCUGCUGCUGUGAUUCAAGAUGCCAUGUAUAUCUUUGGAGGAACCGUGGACAACAAUGUGCGCAGUGGAGAGAUGUACAGAUUCCAGUUCUCUUGCUACCCCAAGUGUACUCUUCACGAAGACUACGGAAAACUGUGGGAGAACCGUCAGUUCUGUGAUGUUGAGUUCAUUCUGGGCGAGAGGGCAGAGAGAGUCUUGGGGCAUAUCGCUAUAGUGACUGCAAGAUGUCAGUGGCUGCGGAAAAAAAUCCUGCAGGCUUGGGAUAGACAACGACAGAAGACUAAACAGGAGAGCAGUGAGGAAAGUGACGAUGGGGCAGCUGGCGGCCAGAGAGAUAUCCCAGCAUGCCACAGGCCAUCAGGCACUCAGCCGCUGCUGGAGGUUGCCAUCAGGGAAGCGGAGGCCCAGCCUUUUGAAGUUUUAAUGCAGUUCCUCUACACAGACAAGAUCCAGUACCCACGCAGAGGUCAUGUUCAAGAUGUUCUUCUUAUCAUGGAUGUUUACAAGCUGGCCCUCAGCUUCCAGCUGUCCCGUCUGGAGCAGCUGUGUGUGCAGUACAUCGAGGCGUCUGUCGACCUGCAGAAUGUCCUCAGUGUUUGUGAGAAUGCAAACAAGCUGCAACUGGACCAGCUCAAGGAACAUUGCCUUAACUUUGUGGUGAAGGAGUCGCACUUCAACCAGGUGAUCAUGACGAAGGAGUUUGAACAUCUGUCCACACCGCUGAUAGUAGAGAUCGUGCGACGGAAACAGCAGCCUCCUCCUAGGCUGUACUCAGACCAGCCUGUGGACAUCGGGACCUCUCUGGUCCAGGACAUGAAGGCUUACCUGGAGGGAGGCGGCCUCGAGUUCUGCGACAUUGUCCUGCUGUUGGACGGACAUCCACGACCUGCUCACAAAGCCAUACUGGCUGCCCGAUCCAGUUACUUUGAGGCUAUGUUUCGCUCGUUCAUGCCAGAGGACGGUCAGGUUAAUAUCUCCAUUGGUGAGAUGGUUCCAAGUAAGCAGGCCUUUGAGUCCAUGCUUCGUUAUAUCUACUAUGGUGAUGUUAACAUGCCUCCAGAAGAUUCUCUCUAUCUGUUUGCUGCACCAUAUUACUACGGCUUUUCAAACAACAGGCUGCAGGCUUACUGUAAGCAGAAUCUGGAGAUGAACGUCACUGUGGAGAAUGUCUUGCAGAUUCUGGAGGCAGCUGAUAAGACUCAGGCUCUGGACAUGAAGAAGCACUGCCUGCACAUCAUUGUGCACCAGUUCAUCAAGGUAUCCAAGCUCCCAAACCUGAGGUCUCUCAGCCAGCUGCUGCUGUUGGACAUCAUUGAGUCUCUAGCUACACACAUAUCAGACAAACAGUGUGCUGAGAUGGGCUCGGACAUUUAGGAUGACAACAAAGCCGACCUGUUUUUGUUUCUCCUCUCACUGAAGCCAUACAACUUUACUCCUCUUCCUUCUCAGUCAUUCCCUCCUUUAUGGCACACAGUACUUUUCUGUGUUGUGUAUCCCGGCCCUGAUAGAUGCAGUAUAAAUGUUUCUUUCGUUUCGUGUCAGUGAGGGAAGAAAGAGGUAAAGAAACAAGUUUCUUUCUCAGUUUCAAUUGAAAAAAAAAAAACCUUAAAUGUUUACACUUAUUUAUUUUGAUUUCGCAGAAGAAAAAGCCUUCAUUUGAAUCCACUCAGUAUAAUACAAUUUUUAAAUAUGCAGUGGACUAUUAUAAGUCAUACUCAUGACACGACAGAAAUGUUCAUGUGUUGCCCUCAGCUGUUGUAUUAACUGUUCAGAUAUGUAAUCACAACAAACUAAGUGGUCAUUUUCUAAAUAUUUAUUCAUCACUUGUAUUAUUCAAAGCUCUGUCGCAUCAAAUAAGCCUGGGUUCAACGUUAAGAGGAGUCAAAAUCAUGAUUUGAAUAUAAAUUGAAUGUAUGUCUGUCUGUCUUAAAGCUUUUUCUUUUACUGUUGUUAUAAUCGACGCACAUCUAUCUGUUAUACUAAUCACCAUUACUAACACACAAGCUUCAUGUACUAUGUAUUUAGUGACUGUAUGCUGUUAUUAAAUGUAUACCCACAUGGGUUUCAUGUAUUUAAGGCCUUAAUAAAUCUUCUCAUACAAAA